AUGCCAACGCUUACCACAAGAGAGAUCGUACGUUGCCGCCGUUCAUCAGCCAACAAGCUUGCACCUGCGAUAUCCUGGGAUGCUACUACACACAACAACCAUACUCCCCAAUCGCCGUCAGAUCCAGAAAAACCAGAUUUGCCCGACAUCCCGCAUUUACCUUCGUCGCCCUUCUUCCAUGCUAAUCCUGCGGAACCUCCUAAAUCGCCCCAACUCCCGGGUUCAUCGCACCAUGUCGAGGCCGAGCCGGCGUCACCCCCAAAUGCACUUUCGCUUCCUACGCCCUUCAGUACCUCUCCACCAGCGUCACCUACUGAUAUAGUCUACCAUGUUCCGCAUGUAUCAAGGCCAGUACCACCCUCCUGGAAUUCUACAUCAACUCCGACCAACUCCACAGUAAGAGGCCCCGAAAAUUGCACUGGUUGUGUCAUCGCAGCGCGGCGCCCUGUAACCACUUCAUUCAACCCUAAAGAUAAAAAAAUUGUAUGGGAAAGCUACGUGGUGACUGCGACUGUCAUUUCAGAGUACGUUACAUAUAUGGACAACAACACCAUCGAAACGGUCGUCACUGAGCGGAAGACUGUCAACCAAACAAAGACAGUUACCAUUUCAGACGCGGUGAUCAUGCAUCAUACACCAACGUUUGAAGUAUUGGUAACAAAGGAUGUUUAUGUAACACUGCUUGCUGGGCCUACUUACGUUAUAUACAACGACAUUAUCGGUGGCUUGGACCACUACAACGAGCAACGCUGGCCAGAGUACGACUGGACACAAAAAGGAUGUGAUCCUGCCACCACACAGCUCAGAAACUGGCAGCCACCAAAGAACGCGACAAUAGACUGGAGUUCCUUCAUAGCCACAUUCACAGGAAACCCUCCUCCCCAGGAGACAGCGAUGAAUCAGGCCUUCGCAUUACCCUCCAAGGCGAUUGAAUAUUUGAAGAAAGAGCCGGCUAUCAUGUCUCAAUAUCACGGUGCAGAUAUCGCCACGUGUAGUGUUAGCAGGGCGACCCAGAGCAGACCAUUCCAAAUACUACCAACUGGGGGGUUGCCUAUGGCGCCACAGCCUCCAUUGAACAUUGGACUGGAAACUCCAACAUCGAUGAUACCGAUACUACCAUCACCACUUACAAAUACUUACCUUGCAACAACCUACGAUACAACGUCCGUUCACGUCACAGUGCGGGGCUGUUUACGAUGUCAAGAGACAUCAGUAAACGAGCUUAACGUCCCAACGAACAGAGUUAAUGUACCUUCUCAAACUCGCAUUAAUGCACCGCAGGAUUCCGUUAAUACACCGACUCCAGUUGCGCCCGGCCAAAACGCUGGGACUGCGACCAGACCUACACCUGUGCCGGGCAUUCCGACUGCAAGUAUGAUGAUAGGGGGCGUCCUGUUCCCGAUCAAUGUCCCCAGACCGACGUGGAACAACAAUGGCCAGAGUCCACCUCCUCCCGGCAUUGUCAUUGGACAAGAGACAUUCACGCCUGGAGAGACCAAGACCAUAAACGGAGUUCCCGUCAAUGCUCUUCCGGAUGGCAAUGGGGCGGCGAUCGUUGUAGGUGGUAGCACACUUUCUCUGAACCCGGUAGUGACUCCCAGUUCACCUGUAAUUGCGAUCGGCGGGGGCAGAGUUGAGGCGAAUCCUAAUGGAGACUUCGUAUUCGGGCCAGUGACGCUGAAAGCAGGAGGUUCCCCGAUCGUUGUCAAUGGGAAUACAGUUAGCCUAGGCUCAAACGGCAUUGCCAUUGUCAACGGGGUCACGCAGACCAUCUCUAAUGCCCCUGUUGCCACCCCAAUUCCUGCUUUCAUAGCAGGCGGCCAAAUUGUAUCUGCGACAGUGGUGGGAGGCUCACCAGUUUUUGUAAUAGCCCCAGGACAAACUCUUGGAGCAGGCGGCACGCUUGUUGUCAAUGGCACCACAUACGCCGUACCCGCUGAUGCACAAGGGCCAGUUAUUGUCAUAAAUGGAAAAACCUCAACUCUUGGUGCCGGGCAGCCUGUUAUAACAAAUGGCGAGGGGCAGCCCAUCACUGCGCAAGUUACAGGUGGCGUACCGGCCUAUGUACUCGCACCUGGACAGACUCUCACACCGGGUGGCGUUGUCACCGUUUCUGGGACCACAUACGCGUUACCUGCAGAUGGAUCCGGCAAUGUCGUGGUUAUCAACGCCGUUACUUCCACGAUAGCAAACGGCGCAGGUAUGACAGCUGCACCAGCGCUAAUAAUCAACGGAGUGACAUACACGAACAAGGUAAGAGACGGCACAACCGAGUACAUUUUGGGCAAUGGAACAACCCUGGCACAAGGCGGCGCAGUGGUGAUUGAUGGCACGACGUACUCGUUGGACAAAGCCGGAACGGCAUUGGUAAUUAAUGGGCAAACAAGCACCAUUUCAAAUCUCCCCAAGAGCACCAGCGCAACUACUACGGGCUCAAGCUCAAGCUCAAACUCUCCUACCACUACUCAUAAUGCGGGGGAUCUGAUCGCGAGCGGCAUUGGUGAGACCAGCAAGCAGCGUGGUGCAGCAAGUUAUGGCACAGGCAUCGAUAAAUGGGUCGAGAAUAUGGUUAUAUGCGCAGCUGGAUGGCUUUUCAUGCUAUUGUAG